AGAUUUUUUCCGCUCCUCCCCCACCCGACCAGUCCACUUCGUGUGUUGUGUGUUGACUGCUGACGGACGGUCGACUCUCGAACCAAAACUUUUGACGGACGACGAGAACCGCGGCCGCCAGCCAACGAACGGGAGUCGCGAAGAGAAGAAAAACCCAAAAGUGCAAAGAAAAAGAUGGCAACCGCUGCUGCUGCUGGAAUUUUCAACUGAUCGGAAAAGUGCGAAAAUCUCUGGUUCCUAGUGUGCAAAUCGCAGCGGAAAAAGUGCAUUUCGGUCGGACGUUGCGCCCCGGAUGGGAUUUCGACCGUGGCAAGAUUCUCAACGGUCAGUAGUACUAGUAUAGCACAAAGUAUGUCCUCUAUGGAGCCCCAUCAUCAUCGUCAUCAUCCUCUCGUUACGAUCCAAUCGUCCUCCCUGGUGAUGCAAUCGCAACAGUUCAGUGCCCUUCCCACAGGCACCAUCAUGGACAACACUGCCCUGCUAUCUCUGAAACCUCAAACCUCGGCCGUGUGCUCCGGCAACGGCACCCCAUCCUACCACAACAGUGAAUCGAUGGGUUUGUUCCACACGCUGGAAAAAGCCCACGCCGCCAAGCAGCAAGUCAUCAUGAACGAGUUCCUCAACAGUCAUCUUCCAGCAUCUAUCCCGGUUGCGGCCACCGCAGCCGCCACCAACGGAAGUCUUUCCAGCACAACCAACGGAAAGAGUCCCCCGCCGGAUCAGAACGUUCCGAGCUUGUGCACGGACAUCGAACCGGAUUCUACGACAUCCUCGCUGGGACAGCUUCCGGUCACGCCGGAAAAGAACUGCGGUGCCAAGUUCAAACCACAGGAGGACGUUCUGGUGGAGCACAAAGACGGCCGGUUCUAUCUGGGUACGGUGAUUGCCAUCGGAAAUUGUCAGUGUCUGGUGCGGUUCAAUGAUAACACGGAGUGCUGGUCGGACUUUCGGGAACUGACCAAGCUGAGCGGUGGAGGCGAAGCGGACGAUGCUCCGGCCUGUGUGGUGUGCAAGCGGCAACAGCAGAGCGAGGAUAGCGUGGAGGUGUGCGAGAAUUGCGGCCGAGGCUAUCAUGUGAAGUGUAUGGAUGGGAACUUUAAGCGGAACGGAUAUUGGUUUUGUCGGAUGUGUGCAUCUCCCAAUGGAAAACGGAAGGAUGUCCGCUAUGUUUGUUCCGGCGUGUUAUCGGAGUCACUGGAUCCUCUGACGGACAAAGCACAACUUCCGUACGAUAUCGACACACUGACGUGGGAUCCACUGCAUCGCACCAAUGUGGAACAGAACUACUGCUACUGCGGAGACGACGGCGAUUGGCUACGGGAAAUGAUCCAGUGCUGCCGGUGUCAACAGUGGUACCAUGGUCGAUGUAUCCGCAGUCUGCAGUAUCCAAUAUUUCUGGGCGAUCGAUUUUACUUCUUCAUCUGUUCGAUUUGCAAUCGGGGGCACGAGUUUGUCCGACGGCUGGAGGUCAGUUGGCCGGAUUUGAUCCACCUGGCGCUGUAUAACUUGAUCGCUCGCAAUGGGAAGCGGUUCUACGACGUCACGAAAGCAAUUUUUCCGUACGUGGAAGAUAACUGGAAAACGUUGCAGAUGAGUAGUCAGAUGAGUAAACUGUCGCCGAACGCCCGCAAAGAGAUCAUCACCCAAACGCUGGCCAAUGAUCGGAAUCGGUUCAAGUGUGGUAGUGAGGCAAGGAAGGCGGCCACCAUGUGGACGCUACGUGUCAACCAGCCACCCAGUCCCCCGAACGUACUAAUUCAACCCGGUCAGAUCAUCACCGAGCACAUGCUGACGCAGAUGUCGACCGAAAAUCGAAUCUACCGGUUCCUGCCGAGGGUUGCUUUGGAGCGUUCCCUCGUGAACGACGCCCCCAGUCGGGAGAAGAUGACCGGCGUCAGUUACUGCUCCCCGCUGGUUUCGGAGGACGACGCCUCGGACGUUUCGGACGACCCCGACCAAGGCAACCAGGAACAGGACAACAGUUCCGAUUUUGAAGCUCCGACCGGUGCGGGCAUCGGCGGUGGCGAACUUAUGGCAGCGUCAACGGCCAUCGGAGCCGUUGACCACGGCGUAGGAGGAGCAGGUGCAAUCAUUGGCAACAACAGUACAGGGAAACAACAGCAACAACAGUCUAGUUCAAAUUUAACUGAAGCACUAUUUAGUUCCAAUGCCAAGGAUGGCUUCCAGCUGUUCGGAAGUGGGGUGAUCGCAGCUGCAGCUGCUGGUCCGAGUUCAAAACCGCAGAGUGAUGCCGGCAGUGUUGCCAGCGGCAGUGGCAAUAGGCGAGCGUUCAAGUCGCGCUCGAAGAAGACCGAAAGUGAAAAGUCCUUCGACAUCUACGAUUCGUCGGACGACACUUCGAGAAACACGCUGGAUUUGAUCAUUCCGCCACCGAAGGAUUUCACCGGAAAGAAUAACCCGUUUCACCAGGCAACGGCUGCUGCAGUAGCGGCCGCAACAGCAGCAGCUGCUGCUGCCUCAACGGCCAGUAAUGCAGCCCUGGCCACCGGACCAGGACUGAUGAAGAGUGGUGGUAACGAACUGAAAGACUUGAUGCAGAAGGCUAAUACCAUCAACAAUCAUGUUAGUCAUAUAAGUAGUAACCUAAUAAAUGGGGAACUCCGGGUGGCGCGAAUCGUCAAACGGAGGUUAAGCGCUCGCGACAUCAUGAACGGGUCCAAAAGUAAACGGAGGAAGUUCCGGCAGAGCUCGGUCAUCGGUACCACCAUUACGGCUAUUGCUGCUCCUGCCAGCGCACUUCCAACGCCCGGACAAUCGUCGAGCCUCAUAGCGUCCCUCUUCAGCCAACCGCUGGACACUAACGGUUGGACUAGCCAAAUUCCCCUCAGCCACCUGCUGCCGUCGGCGUCUUCGUCCGGUAGCAGCACCCCUGCCAACUGUUCCUACCAGCAGCCGCAGCCAAACUCGAACGUUCCUCAAGCACUGCCGGCUUCGGUGCUGACCUCAGCUGCUUCCUCCUCGGCGUCGUCGUCCUCAGCCACGACGCCCACAUCUCAGGAACCUCCGGCGCCGCCACCGCCACCACCAACAAAACGCAACCUAGCCUCUCACGGUCGGCGUUUGCGCCAACGCCAGGAACGCAACUACAACGAGAAUGCCCGGAGGGCCAGCUUUACGGCAUCCACAACGCCCGGGUCCAGUUUGCCGGGAUCCCCCGUUAAAAAUGGAACCACCGAUAGUAACAGUCAGGUGGUGCCGGCGGCUGCUGCAGCAACGACAGCCUCCGGAAGUGAUCUCCAGUCGUCGCUGAAUUUGUACUUCGGCGCCGCCCAUCGGAUUCUCAGCGGCGAGCGGUUCGUCAUCAGGGGCCGGCGGGUUUCGAUCUCCGGCAAGGUACAGUAUUUGAUCGAGUGGGAAGGCUGCCCGGCGACGCAGGUAAUGUAAGUGUGCGUUCUCUUUUUUGGGAUUCUGGAUUUGGUUCGUGUCCCCGAUGUGUGGGGUACUGGGUGCAUCUACCACUACCUCGGUCUUUAGUUUUCCGGAGAGUUUUUUAGCCUUUCUGUGCCAGUAUCAACUAGAAACAUGCAGCUUAUGAGUGGGGUAUUAAGGUUUUUAAAUCAUUAGAGUAACAUUCCAAAGUGAUGUAAUAAAUUGUUCAUGUAUUUUAUUAUUUAUUGAAUACAAAAAGUAGAUUAUGAAUUUUGAACUAAUGUAUCACAGAUAUUAAACAGAUAGUCUUUGGUCUUACCAGCUAUUUCUGAGAUAGAUCAACAUAUCUCGAGUUACCCCUCGGGGUACAUCUCUUGAGUUACCCCUCGGGGUAAAGCGCUCGAGUUACCCCUCGGGGUAAAGCGCUCGAAUUACCCUCGGGGGUAAAGCGCUCAAGUUACCCUCGGGGGUGCUCGAGUUACCUUCGGGGGGCUCGAGUUACUCGGGGUAAAUCGCUUGAGUUACCCCUCGGGGUAAAUCGCUCGAGUUACCCCUCGGGGUAAAUCGCUUGAUUGAUUGAUUGAUUUGUCUUUAUUAGAGACUUUCAGCCCUUGGCUGGUUCGUCUCUGUAAAUCGCUUGAG